AUGGAUUCAUCUGUUGAGCCUCGCGAUGCUCACCAUCAUUCAAUUCAUAUUAAAUCUGAAAGCAACUCUCCACCUCCUCACAACGUCAGACUUCACCGAGAACAUACCGAUACCAUCGAAGAAGCUGCAGCAGUCAUUGCUGAUGAAGCACUUCUCAGCGAUAACGACGCAAAUAUAAAAAUUCAACUUCAAGAUGAAGCCAGUGCUCUAGCCGGCUUGACCGAAAAUGUUCGCAACCAGGAUGACCUCGAACGGGAUAUUACAAAUCAAGCCAACCUGGUGAUGAUUGAACAAGAAGAUCAGCGAGAUCAGAAGCGCAUUGAGAAAGUUAAGAGCAGUAUUGAGAAACUCGAGAGUCAGAAGAACAUCCAAGAACGCCGCCUCCACACACUUUCGAACAAUCCAUUGAUGCGCCAGCGUUGCGCGGACGAGAUCUCAAGAAUCAGAGCCGAGAUCUCUGAUUUCAAGAAGGAUAUUACAGACAUACAGAAGCGUAUCGGCGAAAGACAUCAGUACGACGACAACCACCCCGAAGCUGAUGCUGUUGGUGGAAGCAGACGAAUGCCCAAUGAGAGCCAAAGGGAAUUCCUGAUCCGCACAGGCAAAAUUACACCUUUCCAGCGAACCUCGGAUGCAGCUACGGACCUUGUUCAAUCAGCACUCACUGAUGCGUUAAUGGAUGCAGAAAAUAAAGGAGGUGUCAGUGAACCAGGAAAUGCGGAAGCGGAGCCUAGAUCCCAUCAAAACCUUCGACUACCAGGCUUCGGAGAUGUCUCGGAUAACACAACCAAUACCACUGAGGAUGAAUUUGGUCUUCGUCCUCGAAAGAAGAGAAGACUCGUCAAUAGUGCAUCCACAGAUGUGUCACCUCCUGCUCGUUCAUCUUCAGCAGACGAUGAUGCUUUUACCCCUGAACAUUUAGCCGACGAAGUGGAGGAAUUAGACGACGAAAAUGAAGAAGAUGAGGAAGAUGCGCUCAUGACAGCCCGUACUUCGACAAAGAAGAGGUCUAAGCCGGGCAGCGCUCGAACAGACGAGGCACAAAGCUUGGCCGGCAUUGAUGAUGGAAAUGAGGACAUGUACCAAGCACGUCUUGCAAGCUGGGUGGGGAAACGAAGCGCUGCACGACGACAGCAUUUAGAACACAACCCCGAAAACGAAGAGGACGCAGCUGCGGAAAAUUCGUGGGAGAAGGAAUGGUUCAAACCAUGCCCAGGACAACCUGAUCACCAAUUCGAAAAUGGUUUGAAGCUACCUGGCGAUAUUUUUCCUGCACUCUUUGACUAUCAAAAGACCGGUGUUCAAUGGUUGUCAGAACUUUACAAUCAACAAGUUGGUGGGAUUAUCGGAGAUGAGAUGGGUCUUGGGAAGACCAUUCAGAUCAUAUCUUUUUUGGCCGCUUUACAUUACAGUAAAAAGCUUACCAAGCCUAUUAUCGUCGUUGCUCCUGCAACUGUUCUUCGACAAUGGGUCAACGAGUUUCAUCGAUGGUGGCCGGCCUUGCGAGUUUCAAUCCUGCACAGCUCUGGAAGCGGUAUGCUCAACAUGAAGAACGAGGGCAGAUUAGAAGACGAAGAGGAUGAAAUUUUAUACGGACAACCCACCAAGAAAGCUCCCAAGUCUCAAAAGCUUGCUCAGAAAAUUGUCGAUCGUGUUGUCAAGCAUGGCCACGUACUGGUCACUACAUAUGCCGGCCUGCAGACUUAUAGCGAUACUCUCAUCAAUGUCGACUGGGAUUAUGCUGUGUUGGAUGAAGGACACAAAAUCCGAAACCCCAACACUGCUGUCACAAUCUACUGCAAAGAACUACGAACACCCAAUCGUGUUAUUCUUUCGGGUACUCCCAUGCAGAAUGGACUGAUUGAGUUAUGGUCACUCUUUGACUUCGUCUUCCCUAUGCGUUUAGGCACUCUAGUCAACUUCCGACAAUCAUUUGAAGUACCUAUUAAAAUUGGAGGCUACGCCAACGCAACCAAUUUGCAAGUUCUUACGGCAACUAAAUGUGCCGAGACUCUGAAAGACGCUAUCAGUCCAUACCUCUUGCAAAGAUUGAAGGUCGAUGUUGCGGCUGAUCUACCAAAGAAGAGCGAGCAGGUCUUAUUCUGCAAGCUUACGAGACCUCAAAGAGAUGCAUAUGAGAUGUUCCUUUCGUCUGAUGAUAUGAAGUCAAUCUUGAACCACAGUCGACAAUCACUUUACGGCAUUGAUAUCUUGCGCAAGAUCUGCAAUCAUCCAGAUCUUCUGGAUAAACGAUUGAAGACUAGACCAGAUUACAAGUGGGGCAAUGGAAACAAGUCUGGGAAGAUGCAAGUCGUGAAAGCACUUUUGCAAAUGUGGAAGGGCUAUGGGCAUAAGACCCUACUCUUUAGUCAGGGUGUUCAAAUGCUUGAUAUACUUGAGGAGUUUGUCAAGAAACUUGGUGGAUUCAACUACCUUCGUAUGGAUGGUGGUACAGCUAUUAAAGACAGACAGACUCUCGUCGAUCAGUUCAAUAAUGAUCCUGAUAUACAUGUCUUUCUCCUCACCACUAAAGUUGGUGGCCUUGGCGUUAAUCUCACUGGGGCAAAUCGGGUUAUCAUCUUUGAUCCGGAUUGGAAUCCAUCCACAGAUGUACAAGCUCGUGAACGUGCUUGGCGUCUCGGUCAAAAGAAAGAGGUCACGAUAUAUCGACUUAUGACUGCCGGCACGAUCGAAGAGAAAAUUUACCAUCGACAAAUUUUCAAGCAAUUCCUGACCAACAAAAUUCUUAAGGAUCCGAAGCAGCGACAAACUUUCGCCAUGAAGGAUCUCUAUGAUCUUUUCACCCUUGGUGACCAAGAAGGUGGAACUACUGAGACGGGUGAGAUGUUCAAAGGCACAGAGGUUCAAUUCAGCAAAACUUCUAGUCCUUCAACACAAGGUGAUUCGGAAUCUGAUCUUCGCAAUCUGGCGGGAGUUGCUGAGCUUGAGCAAUUCAACGACCCUUCCGAGGAGAAAGAGAAAGAGUCCAACGAUGAGUCCAGGUUAAUGGAAGGUAUCUUUGCCCGCUCUGGAGUUCAUAGCGCACUUGAGCACGAUCAGAUCAUUAACGGAAAGAGAAAGAUCGCGGCCGAUCGUGGAAUGAUUGAGCGCGAGGCCAAAAGAAUCGCCGCUGAGUCUGCUACCGCACUGCGACGUGCUGGGGAAGCCGCAAGAAGUAUUGCCCCAGGAACCGUUACCUGGACUGGAGAAUAUGGCUCUGCUGGCAGACCAACUAAUGUUCGACGCGGUGCAGGACCAAGCUCAUCAAGUGUUCUAUCGAGUCUUGCGAACAGACAAGGUCUUAAUCAACCUUCCAGCUCGGGUAGCUCACGCACUGCGACUCCAGAUCGUCCAGUCGGACAUCAACGUCACGACUUUGCCAAAAUGAUUGUUGAAUUUAUUAAGAGAAUGGGCGGUUCGGUACCGAGUCAGUCGGUGGUCAAUCACUUUGAUCGAUAUUGUACUUCAGAUCGAGUAACUGCUCAAUUUAAGCACACGUUGACUGAAGUUGCAAUUUGUGAGCAGGGUACGAAUAGUAGGAUGAGAGCCAAGUGGGUAUUGAGAGAUGAAUUCAAAUAG